GACUGUCGUUCGACUGCGAAGGUGUGCGUCUCAACGGUCGAAGGAAUUCGCCCCAUCCAUGUCUGGUUCAACUGCAAAGAAGCUGUCUCAUUGCCGAAACAGUCCACGUGUAGACGAGUUAACAGAAAUACUGUUUUAAUGGACUGAACAAAGUUUGAGAAUGGAGACUGCUCAGUCAACCGUUCCUGCCAGCAAUGCAAACGAUAACGCAGUAUACACAUCUUCUCCACUGGGAAGUUCAUCACCGAGGUGUUUUCUGACAGAACCAUCAUCACCUAUACCCACAGUCUCAUCUCCUAGGUUACUAUCACCACGGGGAUCACUUUCACCACUACCACCAGUGAGAGCUUGCCUAAGUAUUACAAGUUUCAGCACAGUGUUGAGUGAAGGACCAAUAUGUCGAAUCUGCCACGAGGGGGAGAAAUUGGGAGAGGCACUGAUAUCACCUUGUCACUGUACUGGUACAAUGUGUUACCAUCGUAGAUGUAUUGAACAAUGGCUAGCCACUGCCAACUCAAAUAAUUGUGAUGUGUGCCAGUUUGAAUACAGAACCCAGAGAAAACCAAGACCGCUCUUAGAGUGGUUACGCCGACCGUCGCAAUCCAAUGACCGAAGAAACCUGUUGGGAGAUUUUUUCUGCUUUCUCAUACUGACUCCAUUAGUCAGUGUCAGCUCGUGGCUUUGUUUGAAUGGUGCCCAACAUUACAUAGCUCACAGGGGACAUGGCUGGGAAGCUACAGGACUCAUUGGGCUUACGGUUAUCUUGUUGAUGAUUUAUGCUUUCUGGGCUGUGUUAUCGCUUCGUUACCAUGUCUAUGUAUGGAAAAUGUGGAAAACUGAGAACCAAAUUGUACGACUUGAAUAUUCACAAAGAAAUCCACACCAAUCUGAGCAACCGGCUGACCAAUCAAUGUGCAUGAUUGAUGAAAUUUACAUCACAGAUGGGAGAGAAACGCAAGUGUGA